GAGGAAACCACAUCUUUAAAGUAUAAUGAAAUCUUUUGCAACACUGUCUAAAGCUGGUAGGAACGGUUACAGGGACAGCAGGAGUUGUUUGCUUUUCGAGAGGUCUGUUGAUCACCUUUAGAUUUAAACUCUAUUUAGGCUCAUUGUGCUUUGAUGUGCAGCAGAAUUUGAUGUUGAAGGAUGGAGGAGGACAUCCAAUACUCCACUGUGCAAUUUAAAAGUGGUGCUUCAGCUCCAAAAAACAAUACGGAGGAGCUUUCCGUUUAUUCUUCUAUAAAAAUUAAAAAGUCUUUGACCAGCGUAACACAAAACAAAGACGAUGACAUCAUUUAUUCUCAAGUGGAAUCAAAAAACCCUUUUCCCUCUGAACCACAAGUCCAAGGAUCUGGCAGCAGGUUUCACCUCCUGUUGGUGUGUUUGGGGAUAAUUUGUUUCCUUCUGUGUGCCAGCAUCAUCGUCAUCCUCAUUUACUUCACCAUGGAAACAAACAAACAGAAGCAAAAUCUCAAUGAACUGGAUGAAAAAAACGAGCAACUGAACUUGGAGAAUAUACUUUUACAAAACAAGACGAAAGAUCUGAUGAUGAACGUGACAAAACUAGAGGACCAGACAAAGAGGCUGACUGCUGAGAAGAAGUUCUUUGAGAUCCAAAACAAGGAGAUGACAGUUAACAUGACAAUCCUACAGAAGCAGAUCAAGCAGCUGAGAAACAACAGUGAAGCAAUCAUCAAAUACACCAACUUUCCAGGCGAUGUCUUCUGUCCUGAAGGAGUUUGUCAGACGUGUCCCAAAGACUGGAUUCAGUUUAAAGAAAGCUGUUACUUUAUUUAUAACUUAAACUCUCCGUGGAAAUCAUGGAAUGAAAGUCAACAGUUUUGUCAAAUGAAGAAAUCAGACCUGGUGGUGAUCAACAAUCGCGAGGAACAGACAUUCAUCAAAAGCAGAAUAGAAUACUACCAUGACAUCCAUCAUGGAUACUGGAUUGGUUUACGAAGAAUUAACAACAACUGGAUCUGGGUGGAUGAGAGUCAAGACACACUUGGAUACUGGAAGAACCCAGGGAGCUCAGAAAAAUUUGCAAUUAUAGUCCAUGAUGCAAAUUUGACUCACAGUUGGGCCAAAAACAGAAAUGGCUUUGAGAACAGAUUCAUCUGUGAGAUUAAAGCUUUAAUUUUUUGAUAAGUUAAAUUGAACUUUUAACUGCGACUUUCUCAUCAAAUGUACGUUCUUUUACUUUUAGUGUUUUUGAUAAGAAAACAACAUUUAACCCGAGUGCUUGGUUUUGUUCUAUUUAAAAACAAUUAUUUUCGAAAUAUAAAAUCAUUUCUUUAACACUUUAGAUGAGGUGCUGCAAAACACAGAGUAUAAUGUUGACAAAAAUACUAAAUACAUUUCUUAAGCUUAUAAACAGUUUAUUAAUAUGGCCUUCGUAGACAAUAGUGUCACUUUAAAUGGUAAUGGAUCUUACCAAGUAUGUUAAUAAACCUUAUUUGGCUUAUUUUUCUUAAAAAAUGUCUCAUAAAAAUCCUAUAAACAUAAUGAUGUUUUUUAAUGUGUUGAUAAAGCUUGUUAUGGAAUCUUAUUAUAAAGUGUUACCAUAAUUUCUUGUUUUUCAGUUUUCCAGUUCCAUGUUCCUCUUGUUCUGAGUGUUUGUUUGUAUCUCACAUCAGUGACAUUUUCUCUGAAAAUACCCAAUUGACUUUAGUGUUAAUAAAACCAGUUUGUCAUAAAAAAGCUUGUAAUGGCCACAUUCUUUUAUAAUUAAAAAAAAGGUUUUGCCUAGAUUAAAUAUCAAGUAUUCAAAUAAACAAAAUUGUACCACCCCAUGACCAAUGUUCCCUCUAAGCUGUGUGCGUGCGCAAUCGCGCACUGCCCGCACAUUCUAAGCGCACAAGAAAAUCUAUCCAGCGCAAAAACAACAUCAACAUAACGUAUUAAUUAAUAUCUAAUAUUAGACUUAAUCGAAUCUAAUUAAUUCACCCAAUAAUAUUGUUUUUUUGUUUCUCACUCAGUGAGUGACGGGUGUCUAGCCAAUGAUACAAUACAGUUCACUUACGCUCAAACUUCAUGCUUCCCAGCCUGAUUUCUCUCUAUUAAAAUAACGAUCAUUAUCCUCUCGAUUGGAUUAUUUCGUUGUCAAGGUUUUUGUGGCUGAUUGCAAAUAUUCCUUCUCCUUUUGUGAUUCUUAACGUAUUUGUUCGGACCUCCUUGGUUUUUUACUCGGGAUGAAUCUGUGCAUUGUCAUGGCGGAAGUGUCUGUGUAAUUCCCCGUGUCACGUGACAGUGGUCUAAUGGUCCGGACCAAUCACAAUCUUCCAUGACAUCUAUGCGCAAGCCUCCGAGCCGAUCUGACAGGCCGAGCACAUCUGCUACUUACACCGGUGCUUGCGUCUGGGCCCCGCCUAUAUGCGCCGUGCAGGUUAGCUAGCAGGUUAAUAGAUGCUAAUACAAACCCUGCAUCAUGGCGAAACGAACAGGCAGCGACACAUCCACUCACCAAGUCACAGUAAAAAAGAAAUGCAGUUCUUUUAAGAUGGAAUGGUUGUCGGAAUAUGUGCAAAUUGAAGAAAAAGCGGUAAAAUUGGAUGAGAUUUUUUCUUUUUCAAGCGAGAAAGGUCUACUCUGCAAAACAUGCAGCGAUGCCAAAGUAGCAAGUGAGUUUUCAGAGGGAAAAAUGUGGAUUGAAUGGAAGCUGGACUAUCACAAGUGUCACGUUCAGCAUAAAAGUCAUUUAAAAGCUGUCGAAACUGUACGAAGACUCAAGAUGGGACAGGGGAUUAGUACAUUAUUACAGGAGAGCGCAAAAGACCGAGAGAAAAGGAACGAGCUAUCACACAAAACAAAAUCGGACCCUGAAGAAGUUAAAGUUCUCAUUGACAAUAUUUUACUGUCCAUCAAAAUGAAUGCAUCAAUGCUGUCAGUUCAACAAAUCCACGAUCACAUGUCAAACUAUGUGAGUAUACCAGAAAGCUGGCGAAGCAAAAACUAUGCCUUUGAAUUUGUGAACUCAAUCAAUGAGAUAGUGCAGAAUGAGACUAUGUGCAGUAUCAAAAAUGCACCCUGGCAUACCCUGAUAGUAGAUGAGAGCACAGACAUAUCAGUACACAAAAUGCUAGUCAUAUAUAUUAAAUACAGGGAGGAAAAUGAUGUUAACUACAAAACUGUGUUUGGUGGCAUCAUCCAGCUGACAGCAUGCACUGCUCAGGAUAUUGUGCAAGGAAUAACUCAGUUUUACUCCAAACAUGGACUGGACAUGCAGAAAAU